AUGGAAACCAGUAUCAACUCACUCAUCAUCGCCUUCUCACUUUCACUCUACUUGGCCGCUCUCCAUGCCGACACCGAACCUCUCCACACAUACAUAGUUCAGCUCCAUCCAAACGGCCCAACCCGGUUCGCAUUCGCUUCCGAGCUCCAAUGGCACCUUUCCUUCAUCCACCGCACCGUCUCUCGCUCGACGGAAGAAGACCUUUCUUCUCGCCUCCUCUAUUCCUACCGCUCCGCCAUGGACGGUUUUGCCGCUCGCCUAACUGAAUUGGAGCGCGAGAGCUUGGGGCGAAUGAGCGAUGUCGUUGCCAUCAGGCCUGACAGGGUCCUCCAAGUGCAAACUACUUAUUCCUACAAGUUCCUAGGAUUGAAUCCCUCGGGAGGGGCUUGGAGUGAGUCGAGGUUCGGGCGAGGGACGAUCAUUGGCCUCCUAGACACCGGAGUUUGGCCCGAGAGCCCGAGCUUCAAUGAUUGGGGAAUGCCGCCUGUCCCCAAGAAAUGGAAGGGGACGUGCCAAGAAGGUCAGGGCUUCAACUCUUCAAAUUGCAACCGGAAACUAAUUGGCGCCCGGUUCUUUACCAAGGGGCAUCGCAUGGCUUCUCCAUCGCCUUCAGCGGAUGAUGUGGUCGAGUAUAUCUCGCCGAGAGACUCCCAUGGCCACGGGACGCACACCUCAUCGACAGCUGGGGGAGCCUCCGUGGCAAUGGCGAGCGUGCUUGGUAAUGGUGCCGGCGUGGCCCGCGCGAUGGCCCCGGGCUCUCACAUUGCAGUGUACAAAGUGUGCUGGUUCAGCGGCUGUUACAGCUCUGAUAUAUUAGCUGCGAUGGAUGUGGCAAUCAGGGACGGAGUCGAUGUCCUCUCCCUCUCGCUUGGUGGCUUCCCCAUCCCCAUUUACGCGGAUAGCAUUGCUAUCGGGAGCUUCCGCGCAGUCGAGCAGGGCGUAUCAGUCGUAUGCGCAGCCGGAAACAAUGGGCCGAUGCCGAACUCGGUUGCCAAUGAAGCUCCAUGGAUCCUAACCGUAGGUAGUAGCACGCUCGACCGGAGAUUCCCAGCUAUUGUUCGGUUGGGCAAUGGGAAGUUCCUAUACGGAGAAUCCAUGUACCCAGCGAGGGACCAUUCCGCGAUGUCUGGCGAAGAACUUGAGUUGAUUUAUGUCUCUGGCGGCAACACGGGGGGCGAAUUUUGCUUCCGAGGGUCACUCCCUAGAGAAAAGGUUCGAGGCAAGAUCGUCGUCUGUGAUCGCGGAGUCAAUGGGAGGUCGGAGAAGGGCAUUGUGAAGGAAGCAGGUGGGGCUGCGAUGAUCCUAGCGAAUACUGAGGUAAACCUCGAAGACGACUCAGUGGACGUCCAUGUGUUGCCAGCGACGGCAAUCGGAUUCGAGUCGAUCCUCUUGAAGGCCUACAUUAACUCCACCGCAAGGCCGAAGGCCAGGAUCGAGUUCGGCGGGACUGUCAUUGGGAAAAGCCGAGCGCCUGCCGUGGCUCAAUUCUCAGGCCGAGGGCCGAGCCUGACUAAUCCUACAAUCCUGAAGCCUGAUGUGAUUGCUCCAGGAGUCAACAUUAUUGCUGCUUGGCCUCAAAACUUAGGCCCCAGUGGGCUUCCUGAAGAUUCCAGGAGAGUGAACUUCACAGUAAUGUCAGGGACUUCCAUGGCCUGCCCUCACGUCGGCGGGAUUACCGCUCUGAUCCGGUCCGUCCACCCAGAUUGGACCCCGGCAGCCAUCAAAUCAGCAAUCAUGACAACCUCGGACAUGACCGACCACUGGGGGAAGCCGAUCAUGGAUGGAAACAAACCAGGGAUUUUCGCCACUGGGUCAGGGAACGUGAACCCGGCAAGAGCCAUCGACCCUGGGUUGAUCUACGACAUCAACCCUGAUGACUACAUCACCCAUCUGUGCACAUUAGGCUACACGAAUUCCGACAUCUUCACUAUCACUCACCGAAAUGUCAGCUGUCGCGAGCUUUUAAGAGCAAACAGGGGCUUCACCCUGAAUUACCCUUCGAUUUCCGUGUUUUUUAAGGAUGGGACGAGGAGGAAGAUGGUCAGGCGGCGGGUCACCAAGGGGCGCGCCGAUUCUGUGUACGGUGCAGUGGCGGCGCCCGAUGGGCUGAGCUUGAGAGUUAGGCCAAGGAGGCUUGUGUUCAGUCAAAGGAAUCAGGCUUUGAGCUACAGAGUGUGGUUUAUAGCAAGGAAGAGAGCAGGGACUUCAAAACUGAGCUAUUCUCAGGGACAUUUGACUUGGGUUCAUUCUGGCCUUGCUCACAGAGUGAGAAGCCCCAUCUCUGUGACUUGGAACCGCUAGGAACCCAGAUAUUUUUAAUUUUUUCGCAAAU